CUUAAAUUAUAUAACCUUCAUUCAGUUCACUCGAGAAUUCAAGGGGGCUAUUCUGUGUUUCUCUUUGCUCUGCUGCUAGCCAACUGCUCUCUCCAGCUUAGCAAAAAUGGUCUCAGCUUCUUCUCCCCCUUCCAAGGAAGUUAAUUCAAACGCGAAAUGGACAGAAAAUGGAUCUUCCCGAAAUGCCAAAUGGUGGUACUCAACCUUUCACACCGUCACGGCCAUGAUAGGCGCCGGAGUUCUAAGCCUACCUUAUGCCAUGGCAUAUUUGGGAUGGGGACCAGGGACGAUGUUGUUGCUGUUAUCUUGGUGCCUGACCUUGAACACAAUGUGGCAAAUGAUCCAGCUCCACGAGUGUGUUCAGGGGACCCGGUUCGACCGCUAUAUUGAUCUGGGUCGACAUGCUUUCGGGCCAAAGCUCGGACCCUGGAUUGUGCUGCCUCAGCAAUUAAUUGUGCAAGUUGGGUGUGAUAUUGUGUAUAUGGUCACUGGGGGGAAAUGCCUCAAGAAGUUCGUGGAGAUAGCUUGUACUAAUUGCACACAGAUCAAGCAAUCAUACUGGAUCCUCAUCUUCGGUGGCCUCCAUUUCUUCCUUUCUCAGCUUCCCAAUUUCAACUCUGUUGCUUGUGUUUCUUUAGCAGCAGCUAUCAUGUCUCUAUGCUAUUCAACAAUCUCGUGGGUGGCAUGCUUGACCAGAGGUCCAAUAGAGAAUGUGAGCUAUGCGUACAAGAAGACAAGCUCAACGGAUUUAAUGUUCAGGGUAUUCAAUGCACUUGGUGAGAUCUCAUUUGCAUUUGCAGGCCAUGCAGUGGCACUUGAGAUUCAGGCCACAAUCCCAUCAACCCCUGAGAGACCCUCAAAAGUACCCAUGUGGAAGGGUGCUUUAGGAGCCUACUUCGUUAAUGCCAUCUGCUAUUUCCCUGUGGCCCUUAUAGGGUACUGGACUUUUGGGAGAGACGUUGAAGACAACAUCCUUUUGUCUCUUGAAAAGCCUGCUUGGCUGAUUGCUUCUGCUAAUUUGAUGGUCUUCGUUCAUGUUGUUGGUAGCUACCAGGUUUAUGCUAUGCCUGUGUUUGAUCUGAUAGAGAGGAUGAUGAUCAUGAGGUUCAGCUUCCGUCCAGGAAUUGCACUUAGACUUGUUGCUCGAUCUUCUUACGUAGCUUUUACAUUGUUCAUUGGGCUGACCUUCCCUUUCUUUGGCGAUCUUCUUGGGUUUUUUGGCGGAUUUGGUUUUGCUCCAACAGCAUAUUUUCUUCCAAGCAUAAUGUGGCUUAUAAUCAAGAAACCAAGGAGACUCAGCACCAACUGGUUCAUCAACUGGGCCGCAAUAUUCAUAGGAGUGUGUAUUAUGUUGGCAUCCACAAUUGGUGGCUUCAGGAAUAUUAUUGCUGAUGCCUCCACAUAUAGAUUCUACACUUAAUCACCUUAAUUAGUAUUGUAAUCCAAGAAUAUGUCAACUGUAAUUAGUUAACUAAUCUGCUUCGUUAAGCUGCUUUUGCUAAUGACCUUUUUUUUUUAUUUCUUAAGAAGAAAUUAUUAAGUUUAGCUUUUAGUGAGUACUAUCAGGUUCUUGGGGAGAAUAAUUACAUGGUCAUGAACUCUAUCACCAGAGUUGAUAGUGUGAUGUUGAAAUAUAAAAAUAUUUACAUGUGAAGCUUUCUCUAAAAA